AUGGAGAAUGCUUUCGCGCAUCGACUCGAUGUUACGCCUUAUCGCAGUGGAUUCGCAUUGAUCUGGGAGGCAUUUAUCGAAUGGAUACAGGUAAAUAAAUUACUAGCUUCAAUGAGACCAACUUUACGUAUCUUAAAAAUGAAUAGAAGAAUGCUGUGCCCAUUGAAGCCGAAAGCAACUGUAAAUGUCGCAAGAUAUCCGAAAUUAACGGAACAUUUGGCAUGGGCGACAGACUACAGAGAAGCCUCGAGGCUGCAGGAAUACGAUGAAAUGUGGUCGGUACGAUGGGCUAGACAUGUAGUAUAUGGGCGAUCGGAAGCAACUGUGACGUCUACUUUACCCGGUCCGGAUACUAACGAUGAACGAUAUGCGAAAUGGACACCUCCAUCAUUGCUUAGCUCUCUACCAAUAUGUGGCGUUGUUUGCAUCACGCUUUUGCCAACUUCUCGAACAAUCCACACCGCGAUUUUACCGUCACCGGUGUUUUCUUUCCAACCAUUUGAGCAGAAAGUUAAUGAGGCAUUUCUACAAUCUGACAAUAUGGCGUCAACAGUUUGCAAAUCACUGUUUGAAGACGGUGAGCUUGGACUCGGAAUUCGUAGAAAAGAAGCUGGACCAUGGCAGACUAGGAAACAAUUAGGCGAUAGACUUAUUGCAGUAGCUACCCAGGUUAUCCUGAAUAACAGUGUACCGGAUGAAUCAUACCUUGAACUACGAUUUGACCAUGCACUACUCCUACAAAUUGGUCAUUCACGUGAUCGAAAAUUCAGUUGUGCAAGAGGCGAAAAGAGUGGAUGGCAACUCAUCCCUUAUCACAGCUACACACCAUUUCCCUACUUCCUCGGAUGCCGACAAAAUUGGCGUUUCACAGAAACUCAGUUGAUAGAGUGCUUCGAGAAUAAGUUGCCGCCAUUGAGGAAAAAAUCGAGGUCUCGACGUGAGCAUAAUCAAGGACAUUCUAGGAAGAAUAGAUGA